UUGUUUACUACCACGAACGGUGGGACGGUUUGCAAGGCAGUCCGCGGGGUGGGCGUAGUACACAAGAUAUAGCCCGAGCUGAGUGUUCUGCUGUUUUCGAUUCUCUUCAGUACCGCACCGCAAUUGGUUGUGCUAAGUCCUCGCGACCUAACACCCCACCUGACGACUUGAAGACGAAGAACUGGGUUUUAGUGUGAUUUUUUUUUGAAACACACCCUCGUGAUAUACCGAUGCGUACGGUUAUUACACGCCAGGUCGAUCAAGCAACCGACCCGCAACGAUGAGAGGAAUCUCAGGAUGGACCGACAGCAGCCCCAAAAUCGAGGCCGGCUUUCCAGACAAGCAAUCUAACAACGAUUCGACGAAACUCAACCGCAAGGAGUCAUACAAAGCACAACGAAAAAAUUACCGUCGCGAGAAGAAACGGGUGGCGUCGGAACUGCUCAACUCGCUCCAGGAUCCGGCGGUGAUUGUGUUGGCCGAUUGGCUUAAGAUCCGUGGCACACUCAAAUCCUGGACAAAGCUAUGGUGCGUGCUGAAACCGGGUCUACUGUUCAUCUACAAGAGUCCAAAAACAAAGAGCAGCCACUGGGUCGGAACGGUUCUGCUAACAUCGUGCCAAGUCAUCGAACGGCCCAGUAAGAAGGAUGGAUUCUGUUUCAAGCUAUUUCAUCCGUUGGAUCAAACGAUAUGGGCACCCCGAGGGCCGGAUAAAGAAACAAUGGGUGCCGUUGUUCAACCGUUGCCAACGUCCUACCUGAUCUUCAGGGCGCCAAGCCAGGCGGCAGGAAAGUGCUGGUUGGAUGCGUUGGAACUCUCGCUAAGAUGCUCGGCACUGCUGGUCCGAUCGGUACCCCCCAUCGAUACCAGUGGUGCCUGCGAAGGGGCCACCAGUACCCACGAAACCCAGUGGUCGGAGGCGGACUACGAGAAGCACUUUGACGAGCAUGUACCCAGACUGAAAGAGCACCUCAAUUCCCUGAUGAAGUAUUUACCGCCGUCCCCACCCAAUAAGCAAUACCUUCACGUAGAACCGAUCGAAAAGUCCUAUCCCCGUAGUCCCUGCCCCUCGCCGACGCCAAUCUUCCAGCAGCUCUAUCUAGCGGUAGCUCACUGGGAGCGAUACCUGCGCGAUUCACCCGAUCCGCAUGGUACGCGGUCGGCGCAGUCUUGCCUGUACUCUGCCAGCGAUACGGACGAUGUGUUCGAUGAACAGGCUACCACCUGCUGUAUCGACGUAAGACGCACUUCCCUACAAGUCGGAAACCUCCUCGCCGGAGGUUCCGAAGAGGAAAAGCAACGUCGUCGGAGCAGCCCAGCCGAGUUCAGCAAGCAGUGUGGAGUGGUUGACAAUGGUGGGAUCAAAAUAAGGAUUACCAAUGGCCAAUAUUUGGACAUCGACAGUCAGCCAGACCAAGGAACCAUGAUAAUGUCCGCUGGAGAAUCAGAGUCGGAAUCAGAUCUUGGUGAGGGUCUCGAGAUCGAAGAAUUCCCUGAGACACCUUAUGUGCACUCCCCGGAGGAGGAAUUUGGGGCGGCUGGUGAGCAGGUUGAGGAGCUACCGGAGGAGCACAAGAGCCUCAUCUGGUUCCUGGUCAAGCAGGUAAGGCCCGGAAUGGAUCUCAGCAAAGUGGUGCUGCCGACGUUCAUUCUCGAGCCACGUUCUUUUCUGGAUAAGCUGGCCGAUUCGUACUAUCACGCAGAUAUCCUUUCGAAGGCCGUUCUAGAAGAUGAUCCGUUCACACGGAUGAAGACAGUGGUGCAGUGGUAUCUCUCCGGUUUCUAUAAGAAACCCAAGGGACUUAAGAAACCCUACAAUCCUAUUUUGGGGGAAACGUUUCGCUGCUACUGGCAGCACGAGAACGGUAGCCGAACAUUCUACAUAGCGGAGCAAGUGUCGCAUCAUCCACCGAUUUCGGUGUUCUAUGUGACCAAUCGGCAGGAUGGAUUCUGCAUCAGCUGCAGCAUCCUAGCGAAGUCCAAGUUCUACGGCAACAGUACUUCGGCGAUACUGGAGGGCGUGGCCACUUUGACGUUGCUUCCACGUGGCGAAAGCUAUACACUGACUGUGCCGUACGCCCACUGCAAGGGGAUCCUGAUGGGUACACUAUCGAUGGAACUGGGUGGAAAGAUAUCAAUCGAAUGCGAAAAUACGGGUUACAAGACGGAGUUGGAGUUUAAGCUUAAGCCGUUCCUUGGAGGGAACGAGUAUACCAAUCUGUUGACCGGCAAGCUCAAACUGGGCAAGGAAACUCUUGCGACAAUCAACGGUCACUGGGACGGAGAGAUCCGCAUCAAGGACUCGCGUUCGGGUGAAGAGUCGGUGCUGUUCAACCCAACGCCGGAAGUUCGCGCCAGGCGGUUGAAACGGUUCACGGUGCCGAUGGAGUCACAGGGAACCAACGAGUCGGAACGACUGUGGCAGCACGUGGCCGCUGCGAUUCACCGGGACGACCAGGUGGGAGCCACCGAAGAGAAGACGGCUCUGGAGGAAGCGCAGCGCAUCGCAGCCAAGGAGCGAAAGGCCACCUGCACCGAAUGGGUUCCAAUGCUGUUCCAGCAGGAUCUGGUCACGGGGCAGGUUAGUGAUGGCUAGUUAAUGAUCGGUCGA